UCAUUACUCUCUCUUGUUCUCUUUGUGUCUCAUCGAAAUUUUAACGAAAAGAAAAGAGUCUAAUAACUGAUCCAAUCAAAUGCUCGAGAAUUGAUCUCUUUUUGUUUUGUUUUAAUAAUUAAUUUUAUUCACUGUACAAUAAGUUUUCUUAAUUUCCCUUCAUUUCAAUUUUUCCUCUAGUUAAAAAAAUUUUUGAUUAUAAUUUAUGACAUAAAAGUUAUUAAAAAAAAAUAGUCAAAUAAAAUCAAUAAAUUCUCCCCGGUUGGAAAAUUUACAUAAACUUUCUGUUAGCAUAGUUUCACUAUUAAAGUUCUCAAAAAAACAUGGAAAUAAAUUCCUCCAUCUCUACGACACUUAUUUCUGAGGGCAAAGAGACUGUGGAAACCGCACCUCAAGCUACUGAAAAUAGUGAAAAUAAUAAUAGUGCACAGAAAGAAAUAGCUAGUAUUAAGCAGGAUAGUUUGAACCAAAAUUAUUCUGGUGCACUUUCUAUUUCUACAAAAAUUGCACCUAAUAACGAUAAUCAAGAUAAUGUUGAGACUCCAACUCAAGCUAAUCCGGGUGAUUUAUUUAAUUAUAAUAACUCAGAAAUUUCACAAAAUUCAUUGAAUAGAACACCAGGUGUUCCAAAUUUACAAGACCCCCCUACGAAGAAGCAAACUUUAACAUCAGGAGCAUCAGGGGCAACAGUUAAUGAUGCUCCUUUAAUAUCACCGAAAAUUAUUGAAUUACGUCGUUCAGAGUCUGUAAAUUCUACGUCAUCAUCUAAUGCUCAUGAUUCAUCUCAACCACUUCCUCCUGUUAACACUAUUGCGAAUUCUACUUUGAAAUGGAAAAUAGCAAGAGAUUAUGUUACAAAGACAAAAAGUGCAUUGGGAGCUUUUCCUAAGGGUCAACUUGAUAAAGAUUUACUCGCGAGACUGGAACAAGAAAAUUCUCAGUUGCCACCACAGGACUCUACUGAAUUUUUACUUGCGCGUCUUGAACGUCAAAACAAUAUUUUGGAUAAUGAUCCAAAAUCAGUUUGCAUUCAAUCUAAUGUACUCAAAGCUAAUUUUGAAACCGUACAAUCACUUAUUGAUGAUAUUAACACAAGUCCCACAAGUGAAAAUGAUAUGUCUGAUUUAGUUCCAAUCCUUGAAGAAAAAGAUGAUGACGAAGCUUCAAAAACUAUUGAUUGGGAUUUCUGGUCUGCUUUGAUUCAAGAUUAUUCAUCGGUAGCCACGAAAUUACCUCAUCUUCUUUCAGCAAAAUUACAACAAGGUCUACCGCCAAAAUUGAGAGGUUUAGUUUGGCAAUCGAUGUGUCAAGCUUCUUCUACUUAUUUAGAAACAAUGUAUUCUCAAUUAUUGUCCGAAUCUUCACCAUAUGAUAGAAUCAUUCAACGUGAUCUCGCAAGAACAUUUCCUCAUAUUGAAAUGUUUAAAGAAGAAAAUGGUAAAGGUCAAACAAUGUUAUGGAAUGUAUUGAAAGCAUACAGUUUAUAUGAUUCAUUAGUGGGAUAUUGUCAAGGUCUUGGGUUCUUGGUUGGACCUCUUUUAAUGAACAUGAAUGAAGCACAGGCAUUUUGUGUAUUUGUUCGAUUGAUGGAAACCUAUGAUAUGCGAACGAUGUUUACACUAAAUAUGGAGGGCCUUCAACUUCGACUUUAUCAGUUUUCAGCACUUCUCUCACAAAUUCUUCCAAAGCUUCAUGCACAUUUUCAACUUCAUGCUAUACAUGCGGCGAUGUUUGCUUCACAAUGGUUUUUAUCAUUAUUCGCUUAUACAUAUCCAUUACCUUUAGUUCUUCGAAUUUACGAUGUAGUAUUUGCAGAAGGAGCUCCUGAAACAAUUAUGCGUGUAGCGAUUGCAUUGUUAAAAAAGAAUGAAGCAAGUUUACUUGAAAUUGAUGAAUUUGAAGAUUUAUUGGAGUUUCUUACUUCACAACUUUAUGAUGCGUAUGAUAAUGAACCGACUGGAUUAAUUAACGAUGCUAUGGGUUUAAGUAAUGUGAUUACUAAAGCUAAAUUAGAUCAAUUGAACACAAAUUAUGUUAAAGAGUUAGAAGAUCAAAAGAAACGUGCUGAAAAAUUGGUGGCAAUACGGUUCAAUGGAAGAUUUGACAAAUCUCAGAACGAGAAAAAUAAGGAUGCUAAACAAAAUGAGAAACGUGAUAAACCAAAACGUUGGUCAUUUAAUGCACUUCCAAAUUCAAGACAAUCUGUUUCUUCAGUUUCUUCAUUAAAUAGUAUAUCCAGUGACUCUUCGACUCAUGAUAAUGAGAAUACUUCAACAUCUUCAUUUUCGCAAAAGACUAUAAAUUCUGGAUUACUACAUCAACAAAUUGAAGAUUUAGCUCUAGCGUUAUCUCAACUUCAAAAGGAACAUGCAGAUGUAACCGAACAAUUAGUUAUUGUGAAAAUGGAAAAAAUGGAUUUAGUUACAGAGUUGGAAGGAUUAAAGAAAAAUGUUCGUGGUCUCGAGAAAGAAAAUAAACGAAUGUCUUCAUCUCUGAUUUCACUUAAUUCUAAUGAAUAUGGUGAAGAAGGGGCAAUAUUGUCUAGAAGGACUUCAGGUUCAUCAUUUAUAUCAACGAGUGGUCCAAAUCAAUCACCUGAAGAUCUUAAUAUAACACCGAGACCUUCAACAGAAGUUAAUACAAAUAAUAUUCAUAAGAGAAGAACAUCAGAUUCAGAUGUAUUGAAUAAACCACGUCGUGGCUCGGCAACAAGUUUUAUGUCAAUGUCAAGACUAUAUUCAACGUCUUCAUCAUCUAUAAUAUCACAACCGACUACUAAUACGUCACAGUCAACGUCUAUAUCUACGCCCGCUUCAGAAUUCGGAGAAAUUGAUUUUAACGAACAAAAUAAAAUUACAAUACCAAGCGAAACAGCAAUAACUGAUGAAUUAAUACAAGUUAAAAUGGAAAAAUUUGAACUGAUGCAGGAGAACGAUGUUUUACACAAGAUAAUUGCUGAAUCGGAAAUUUCAUUGAAAAAUUCAAAACUUGCGAAUGAAGCAUUACAAGAAAAGAAUAUCUUCUUGAGAAAAGAGAUUGAAAGGUUGGAUGAAGAAGUGACACAAGCAGUUUAUGAACAAAGCGUAAUGGAACCACAAAUUAAAGAAGUAAAAAUUUUGAGAUUGCAAAAUGGAAAAUUAAAAAAAGAGAUGGGAAUAUUAAAAGCCAAAGUUGAAAUGCUGGAAGGACCAGAAAGGGAUGCUGCUUUAAAUGAAGAUGAUGUAAUUUAUGAUAAUAGUGAUAUAGCACAAGAUGAUAAUGGUAGUAAUAAAAGUAGAAGAAGUUCAUUUAUGAAUUUCUUUAACGGAAAUACAUCAGAUGGAUCUUCGUCGCCUGUACAUAAUAUUAUUAGAAGAGAAAGCGGGACAACAAAAUCCACGUCAAAUUUCACAAUGGAUGCCGAAGAUUUACCGUCAAUUAAUGCUGGAAAUGAAUACGAAUUAUCAGAUGAUUUAGAUGAAUUUGAUAUAAUACCACAAUGUAAUGGAGAAUGUUUUUCUGCUAAAAGAGUGGAUGAAUUAGAACAUAUGGUAGCAGAUGUUAAAUUACGUUUGGCGGAGAGUGAAGAAUCAAGAGAAACUAUGAGUGCACAAUUGAACGGAUUGAGAAUGUUAAUAAAUGGUUAUAGUAAUAAUGAAGUAGCUAGACCGAUGUCACCUGGUAAUGCUCCAAAGAGUAAACAAGAAAAACGAAUGAGUACAAUGUCUUUAACUUCAUUUUUCAGUGGCUCAUAAUCAUCGUCAUGUUCACAUCAAAAUAUUUUGUUUAUACAUAUUUUUUUUCAUAAAUAGAGUUAUUUAUUUAUUUGAUAUUUUUUUUCCUCUUUUGUUUUUGUAUUAUUUUGUAUUAUAGCAUUUUUAAAAUAUACAUAUAUUUUUAAAUUAAUUACAC